CACGUUAAAACUCACCGCGAAACAAACAGAGAAACUGAAAAGGUAUUUUUUGGGUUGUUAAUAUUUCUUUCACAGACAACAGAGAAUGAAUUAAUUAUUAGAAUCCUUAAGCGGAUGAACGAUGAUCGUUGGUGAGUAGAGAGAGAGAGAGAAAGAGAAUGAGCAGCGAAGAAGGAGGCGCGUGGUGGUGUGUCUUCUCCCCAGUGAAGAUGAUAGUGGAAUCAAUAAAGAUAAUAGCGACCAACAAAGUGGUGUUCACAUCCAUAAUGCUUCUCACAACACUCCCUCUGUCAACACUCACUAUAUCCCAAUCAAUCUCAACCCACAACCUCUCCACCCAAAUCCACCACCUCGAAGCCCUCGCUCGUUACGCCCCCACACGCUUCGAGGCCCGCCACGUGUGGCACGAGUCACGCAACGAAGCGCUCUCUCUCCUCCGCACCAAAGCCCUCUUCUCCAUCCCCUCCUACCUCCUCUCCCUCGCCGCCGCGCUCUCCUCCGUCCACUCCACCCUCCUCGCACUCCACUCCAAACCCCCCUCACUCCACUCCGCCGCCACGCGCCUCUUCGCCACCACCAUCUUCGUCUACGCCAUCCUCCUCACAUUCUCCCCCCUCCCCCGCGCGUUCGCCUCACUCGGCCCCUCCACCGCCUCACGACUCCUCCUCCUCGGUAUCUCCUCCGCUCUCGAAGUCUACCUCAUGGCCGUCAUGAGCCUCAGCCUCGUGGUUUCCGUAGCCGAAGAGAGGUUCGGGUGGGAAGCGAUUCGGGUCGGAUUUGGUUUGAUGGAGGGAAACCGGGUCUGCGGGUGGGUCCUGUCGGGUUUGUUUGUGUUUGCUUCGAGCUUUAUCGGGUGGAAGGUGGAGCGUUUGAUGGACGGUGAGGAUUGGAUGGGCGUUGAGGAUAAAGCGAGUGUGAUAGUUUGGUACGGAGUGUUGGUGCUGUGGAGUUACGUGAUUAUCACCCUAUUCUACUUUCAUUGUAGAAAACGCCAUCCAAUUAGGGAACCCCAACAACUCUGCAACAACUUAACCUCUUUUUACGGAUUAUUUUUAUUAUACUUUUAGUUUUUUGAGCUAUCAAAAUAUU